AUGUUACGUACAACGGGAAAUAUUUUAAUCAAGCAAGCUUCACGACUUGUUGUUCCUGCGAGAUUGUCGUCAACUGAUCCAUCAGCCGGCUCAAUCAACGCCGCUCACGAUAAAUUUGCAGAACGUGAACAAGCUUUGGAAAAUGUAUAUUUCCGUAAACAGAAUGAAGAACUUUUGACUCAAUUACGUAAAAAACAUACUGAAUUGGAAAAGAAAUCCGAUGAUAUUGAACGUGAACAGAAACGUAUUGAAGAAGAAAUCAAAAAAUUAGAAAAACAACGGGAACAACUGAUGAAAAAUGCACAAAAAACAGCCAAACAAUGA